UCUCCACCUGGAACGUGGAAGGUGAGCAGUUCCAAUGGCAAAGAAAGUGUUGAUCACUGGUGCAUCUGGACUUUUGGGAAGAGCUUUGUAUAAAGAAUUUCUGAAAGAUACAACAUGGGAAGUCUUAGGGCUUGCAUUUUCCCGAGCACAUGGAGACCUGCGCAAAGUGGAUAUAACAUCAAGUGAAGAAUUAACAAAAGUCUUUGAUGAUUUUAAGCCACAGGUAGUAAUACACAGUGCUGCGGAGCGUAAACCAGAUGUUGUAGAAAAGCAACCAGAUGCAACACGACGCCUCAACAUUGAUGCCACUAGGAAAAUUUGUGAAUUGGCAGGAAAGAUUGGAGCCUGGGUGUUAUACAUCAGUACUGACUAUGUCUUUGAUGGGAAAAAUCCUCCAUACAACGAGGACGCCACUCCCAAUCCUCUCAAUAAAUAUGGUGAAAGUAAACUGAACGGAGAGCUAGUUACUCUGGAAGUCUCCAAAGAAAAUGGUGUCCUACGAGUUCCUAUCCUAUAUGGAGAAGUGCAUGACCUUGGUGAGAGUGCUGUCACUGUUCUGUUUGAUAAAGUCAAGAACACAGGAAGUCAAUGUGUGAUGAAUGAUUAUGAAAGGAGAUAUCCAACACAUUGUGCCGACAUAGCAGUAGUCAUCAGACAGUUAUCUGAUCAGAAACUACAGGAUCCUAGCAAUAUAGGAGGAAUAUACCAUUGGAGUGGUGAUGAAAACAUGACCAAAUAUGAUAUGGCAGUUGCUAUGGCUACAGCUCUUGGAAUCUCAACCAAUCAUAUUGAAGCAGACAAAAAUCCUUCAGUUGGAGCAACAAGACCCUAUAAUGCACAUGUUGGCUGCCAAAGAGUUGAAAGUUUAGGUUUUGGAAGAAGAACACCUUUCAAGGAUGGAAUAGUUCCAGUGUUAUCUCCCUUUGUUGGAAAAUAAAUUGAAUUGUAUAUAUCGACCAACAGAGACAGAUCAGAAUAUCUGAUAAGCCACUGCAUGUUUGUCAGAUAUGUCAAGGACUGUAUCAUUGACUCAAAUCAUCAGCUUAAAAAUCAAAGAUACAAUGCUUCUGAUACCUGAAAGCUGUAUCUUUUCGUAGGAUAGUUUGAACCGAAUGUUACCUAUGGAUUCAACAAGGUUGUUCACUUUUUUUAUUCAAUAACACAGACUGUGAACGAAAUUGGUUCAAGAAAUAUCCCUUGUGUAGAGCAUAGCUUCCAUUUUGGUAAAUUGUAUGGUGAUUGGGUUUGUUAGAUUCUCGCAAGGUUGAUGUAGUUAUAUAAUUCAUAUAUACUAUUGGUGUUGGUUUUACUAGUAAUAUCCCAAUCUACAGACAAGUUAUUACAAGUAGGUCAGUGCACUACCAAUCUACAGACAAACUACUACAUUAACAUUGUAGGUCAGUGUUCUACCAAUCUACAGUCUUGUAACUACAUACAUGUCAGUGUUCUACCAAUCUACUGACUAGUAAUAUACAGGUCAGUGCUUUACCAGAAUAUAAUUGACUGGAUGGAGGAUCCUUUUUGCUGAAUCAGUUACAGGAAACAGAUAUUUCAGUGACGGAGCAUCCACACACUUAAGCUUUAAUAUUUCUGUAAUCUUCUUAAAGGGGAAUUUUUUCCCAAUACUGAGUGUAGAUGGGCAAAGGCUGCUGUGCAAUUCAAGUACAGAAACACUGCCCAAAUAUGUAAGCUACAAAAUAUACAUCAUUCCUGACUUGGUUAUUUUUCAAGUUGAUUAUACAUGCAUUCAUUAAAAUAUGUAUUAUAUACUUUAACAUGUCUUACAAUUAAUUCAGCUCUCAAGGAAAAAACAAAGAUAAUCAAAUAUAUAUAAAGUUAUAGGGCAACAGUGAUUUCUAACUGAUUUUUAAUAUACAUGUAUUUAACAAGCUUUAAUGGAAAAUGUAUGUUAUGGAAAAUACUAAUUCAAAUAAAGAUAAAGUAUUUUAUCUGUGAUACUCAAAUUAUUUACAUUUACAAGCAUAAUAAAGAGUUUUAGUUUUUAUAGAA